CCUCCAUCACUUCCGGGUCUAACGGACGGGGUUGUGAAAAAAAUGGUUGUCACGAUAUUUAGCUUGCCAAUCUACAAAUGACAGAUACAUAUACAAUUAUACAGAGUACACUAUCCAUGUCAGGGUCCAAUAAGCAUUUUCGCAGUAUUGUGCAACUUUUUGUCAUAGACAGGAAUAUUUUAUCUUGUCUGCAAACCCACCGCGAAUUGGUUCACUGGUUCAAACCGUGCUGUGACUGACCCACCUCACAGAAUAGUGUGGUAGAAGGCUAGCUAGGCGAGGAGGUCUGUACUGUGUUCAUAACUAAUGCUCUUUUUGCCCAAGACUGCUGAGUGACUUAACCAGGUGGUGUUGGCACCUUUGUGUGUCAUCUCAUUCCAAGUCCCAGAGGAACCUUACAGUAGAAGAUGAACGGCCUGUCCAUUAGAGAGCUCUGCUGCCUGUUCUGCUGCCCUCCUUGCCCCAGCCGCAUCGCAGCCAAGCUGGCCUUCCUCCCUCCAGAGCCCACCUACUCCAUGCUGCCUGACCCGGAGGCUACAGCUGCGGCAGCAGCCGGGACCACGCCAGGGGGUGCUCCCCCCUCUCUGGGGGCUCCAGGCCUGCGAUCCCGGCUGGGUGGUGGUGCGGGAGACAGAGGUGGUGGUGGUGGUGGAGGGGGAGGAGGUGGCGGAGAGGGCAGGUGGAAGCUCCAUCUGACAGAGAGGGCGGAGUUCCAGUACACUCAGAGAGAGCUGGACAUGACAGAUGUGUUCCUGACCAGGUCCAGCCGGGGGAACAGGGUGGGCUGCAUGUACAUCCGAUGUGCCCCCAACGCCAGGUUCACAGUGCUAUUCUCCCAUGGUAAUGCAGUAGAUUUGGGUCAGAUGAGUAGCUUCUACAUUGGCCUGGGCACUCGUAUCAACUGCAACAUCUUCUCCUACGACUACUCUGGCUACGGUGUCAGCACCGGCAAACCCUCAGAGAAGAACCUCUACGCUGACAUAGACGCUGCCUGGCACGCCCUGCGCUCGCGGUAUGGCAUCAGCCCAGAGAACAUCAUCCUGUAUGGGCAGAGUAUUGGCACAGUACCAACAGUGGACCUGGCGUCCAGGUUUGAGUGUGCUGCUGUGGUGCUCCACUCCCCUCUCACCUCUGGCAUGAGGGUGGCUUUCCCCGACACCAAGAAGACGUACUGCUUCGACGCCUUUCCCAACAUAGAGAAGGUGUCUAAGAUCCCAUCCCCGGUGCUGAUCAUCCACGGGACGGAGGACGAGGUGAUAGACUUCUCCCAUGGCCUGGCUCUGUUUGAGCUCUGUCCCAAGGCUGUGGAGCCACUCUGGGUGGAGGGGGCGGGACACAACGACAUAGAGCUGUACAGCCAGUACCUGGAGAGACUACGGCGCUUCAUCAACCAAGACCUGGCUGCAGCACACGCCUGAGUGAGGAGGUGAGGGUGUGUGUGUGUGUGAGGAGCUGUACAACAUCAAACUACAGCCUUAAGUCUGUAGAAAAGGAGCAUCCACUAUGCUGUAAAUGUGUCUGGCUGUGUGUCUGGCUGUGUGUCUGUGGUUGAGGUUGUGUGUAUUGACUCAUGGGAAUGAAGGAUCUUGAUAUCUGACACCUGUCAGACGCCUGGAUACGUGUUCCUAGAGACUUCCUGAGGCAGAGCAUUUGUGCACUACGAACUGUCUUCUCUGUGUACAUGUAUGUAUGUACGUACAACUCCCAGAGUUGAAGAUGCUCUCUGUAUGGACCUGAGCUGACAUCACUCCUCCCUGUGUCUGCAGUGGACAUCUGUCUGUCUACUUUUCUGUCUCUCUCCCCGUCUCUCUCUCUCCUUGUCUCUCUAAUAAUGAACAUUUCUCUCUGGAUUUCUUUCAACUAUCCUGUCCUAACUAAGGACUAGGGCGAAGAAUAGAACUGGCCUUUGAGAGUCUAAGAGAAAGUCUGCUCUCCUGUGUGUUUGUCUUUGGCUGUAGAAGGCAGCCAUUUGAACUUCUUCUGAGUUAAAGGUUGUGAUAACUGAGUGAGAGUGGGGAAUGCAGGAUGUACUGCAGUAUUACUCUGACUAGUUGUUUUGACUGUUGCCUGUCCAUGUUAUCUAAUGUGUCUGAAGUGAAAGGGUUGUGGAGACAUUGAUGUCUCUGAAGCCUGAGAUGAACAUGGAGAGUCUGAUCCCAGAUCUGUUUUUGAUCACAAACCAAUCUUGAAUCAGGCAACAAAAACAUAUAUCUAGUUUGUUUUCUUCUGUAAGGAGACCUCUGUCUCUUGAUAGAUUCCUAAUGUGAAUGAACUAUAGUGGGAAAAACGUUUGAGAAAAUAAUGUUCAUUUAUAUCCAGUCUUCUCUGUGGCUCUUGAGACGGGUCCGUUGACUCAUGACGAUAGAGAGAGCAGGACAGUGGAUGGUGUCCGUGAGGCUGUCUCAACUGGCAUUUUCUGUUACAUUUGAUCGCACAUAUACACUAUAUAUACAAAAGUAUGUGGACACCCCCUCAUAAGUGGAUUUGUCUAUUUCAGCCACACCGGUUGCUGACGGGUGUAUAAAAUCAAGCACACAGCCAUGCAUUCUCCAUAGAGAAACAUUGGCAGUAGAAUGGCCUUACUGAAAGAGCAGUGACUUUCAAUGUGGCACCAUCAUAGGAUGCCAUCUUUACAACAAGACAGCUCAUCAAAUUUCUGCCCAGCUAGAGCUGCCCCGGUCAACUGUAAGUGCUGUUAUUCUGAAGUGGAAUCUGCUAGGAGCAACAACGGCUCAGCCGAGAAGUUGUAGGCCAUACAAGCUCACGGAAUGGGACCGCCGAGUGCUGAAGUGCGUAAAAAUGGUCUGUCCUCAGUUGCAACACUCACUACCGAGUUCCAAACUGCCUCUGGAAGCAACAUCAGCACAAUAACUGUUUGUGGGGAGCUUCAUGAAAUGCCAAGUAGCCGCAUACAAGCGUAAGAUCACCAUGCGCAAUGCCAAGUGUCGGUGGGAGUGGUGUCGCUGCCAUUGGACUCUGGAGUAGUGGAAACGCUUUCUCUGGCCUGCACAGAGCCCUGACCUCAAUCCCAUCGAACCCCUUUGGGAUGAAUUGGACCGCCGACUGCGAGCCAGGCCUAAUCGCCCAACAUCAGUGCCCGGCCUCACUAAUGCUCUUGUGGCUGAAUGGAAGCAAGUCCCCGCAGCAAUGUUCCAACAUCUAGUGGAGAGCCUUCCCAGAAGAGUGGAGGCUCUUAUAGCAGCAAACGGGGGACCAACUUCAUAUUAAUAAUGCCAAUGAUUUUGGAAUGAGAUGUUCGACGAGCAGGUGUCCACAUACGUUUGGUCAUGUAGUGUAUGAAAUGGUUGUUCACUUUGCUGCUAUUCAACUGUCACUUGCAUAAGACUAUUCCUGAGGACUAUUCCUCAUGAGAAAUAAAUGGUGUUUAUAGCAUCUUAUAAAUAUAACACUUUGACUGACUUUCUGAGAUCUGAAAGGAAUACAAAGUCAUUCAUUCACAUUUAUCCUCAAUCUUUAAUCGUGCAUUUCCCUCUCAAAGUAAUACAAAUGUUUAUAGUGUAUAGCGGAGCCACAGAGUUCGUCAAAGUGUUAGAAAUGUUGAAUUUUAAUUGGGUUCCAUGGUGGUUCUAAGUCAAUAGCAUGGAGCCAACAUGGAUGCCAGUUUCUUGAACUGAUGAUACAAUGUCUGGUGUAUAGGAGCUUUUCUAUGGUGGCAGUAUUGAUCCAAGCCAUAAACGAGCCUUUCACUGUUAGUGUGGUGCAGGUUCCACCACAUCAGUCCACACACACACACACACACAGAGCGCGCAAGCAUGAUAAGCAGGUCUUAAGUUCAGCACUAUUGUACAAAGCAUCCAAAGUGUAGUUGAAAAUAUAAUGUUUGUGUCUCCUUUGCAUUGUUGACUACCUGCCCCCAGAAAGACCAGAAGCAAGGAUUCUAGGAAUGACCUAGUCAUAGAAUACUGAAGUUACUGUCAGUUACAGUAACUCUCUAUUGAGGGGACACUGUAUGUUGAUGAUUAAACAAUGCAUAACACUGCAGUCAUCCUGGGUCAAAGUGGCACUUUGUAGGUGGCUGUUUUUCUGGGAUCAUUUUGAACAGGAAUCUAAUUCCAUUUUCACAGUAUGCUGUGUGUCACCAGACCCAAGGUGGAAAUCCCUCAGGCUCCCGUGCCAGACUCUUCAGGGUUCUAGGCUGGUUAGGGUUCUAAGCUCUCCAGGGUUCUAAGCUCUCCUAAGAUACAAUGAGACUAGACCUGACUGUCAGUUGUCAUUACUGUACACUACUGUAUGGGUUCUUGCUAAGAAGGUCUCAAAAUAUAAUGGGGACUAAUUAACACAGUGGUUCAUUGAGACUGAAUAGAGAAUAGUCUCACUCACUAUGAUAAUGAAGUGAGGUAUCAAUAUUCUGACAACUUUAUGCAUGUCCAUUAUUUGUGUUUUGCUGGGCAAGUGUUGGGGUAUGUAACGUAGUGUGUGUGAUGCCAGAGGGAAAAUGUCAACUCAAGGUAUCGUGCUUUUUAAACGGGGGUAUAGAUUUAGUUGUUUUUUUAUUACUGAAACUAAACUAAUGUAUUGUUUUUGACUUUUGUGCUAGUUUGGAUGGGGAAAGGCUGGGUGGGGAUAGAACAUGAGGGUGUGGUUUAUAUAUGGUUAUUGUAGUUACCUAUUCUGUUUCUAUUAUGAUUUGUAAUAUGAAAAAAUGACUGACAAUAUGAUGUAAUGUCAUUAAUUCAGAGGACUGAAUCUUGACCUUUUUAUUGACAAUGGGGGAAAAACAAUAAACAAUUAUGUACAAAAAUAUAAACUUGUGUUGUUGAUUCUGUGAAUCCAUUUAGUACAAUGGAAAGAAAGUAUGUGAACCCUUUAGAAUUACCUGGAUCUCUGCAUAAAUUGGUCAUAAAAUUGUAUCUGAUCUUCAAGUCACAACCAUAGACAAACACAGUCUGCUUAAAGUAAGAAUAAACCAUUAUAAUUCUUCAUCUCUUUAUUGAUCAUACCGUGUAAACAUUCACAU